AUGAGGUUGAGCAAGCAGCCGAAGGCGCCGCAGUACCAGGUCAUCGAUGCCUCGAGCAAGGCGCAUCUAUACUCCCUCGUCGCGCUGCUGGUCGUGACGCUCGGGAUGAUCGCCAUGGGGGUGAUGCUCAACCGCAAUCUCCCCGCGGGCUCCGAGUCGCAGUACGUGCUCUCCGGCUCGGGCAAGGCCGUCGUGUCGGCCGCGAACAAGCGGGAACUGAGCCAGAGAGACAAGGCGAUCCGGAAUGCAGCGGACCUGGUGUUGGACGUGGAGAGGAGACAAAUCACCCCCAUCCAACCAAAUGGUACGACGCCAACGAAUAUAAUUCCAGGCGGCGGGUCCCCCACGGUAAUACUGCUGCCGCCGACGCCGACGUCGGGGCUCGAUAUAAUGGCGCCGCCGGAAGUAGUUUUGGACACGGCGACGGAUCCAGGGACGACGACUGAUCCAGGGACGAACAUGGAUACAGGGCCGACUACGACAACGGCUUCAUCGUUCAAUAUCUACAGCUACCCUCCUGGAGGACACGACAACGCCUCUUCCACUCACAUCGACAACAAUACCCGGCAGCACCGUCUCCGACGGCACUACGUCCGAAGUCGCCUCGGCUACUACAACCCCGCCUGUAUCAGGAGAUACGAGCGAGCUUACAACCUCCACGUCCGUCACCUCGGAUGGUUCCACGACCGCCACGCAGACAGACGAUACGACGUUUUCCACUGCUACCCCGAGCUCGAUCAGGUCCAGUACCAGCGCAAAUACGGACCUUAG